CAUUGUUCAGUGAAGCUUUCCAUUUUGACAAAGGCUGGAUUUUUUUCAAAGCUACAUAUCUUGGUUUUGUAAGGACUUACCAGGACUUUAGAAAUAACAAGUAUCCAUUAGAGGAUCGACAAGAAUAAACAUGCAAGCAACUGAUAGGGUACGCAAUAUUGCAGGUCACUGUAAGCAUGGACCAGGUUACGCCACACCCAGAGAUGCUAUGGCAGGACCACGUGAACAGAUCGUGUACUUGCCUUGUAUUCGAACCAACACAGGAAGCAAGAAACCUGAUUAUGUGUCUACGGUUGAUGUUGAUCCUAAAUCUCCUACCUAUAGUCAGGUCAUCCAUCGUCUUCACAUGCCGUACAUAGGAGACGAAUUACAUCAUACGGGUUGGAAUGCAUGCAGCAGUUGCUAUGGUGACUGUAGUAAGAGCCGUAACCGUCUUAUUGUCCCAGGCUUUGACUCGACGCGAAUCUACGUUAUUGAUGUAGGAACACAGCCAAGAGCUCCAAGAAUCCACAAGAUCGUCGAGCCUGAAGAAGUGUUUUCUAAGGCUGGCGUUUCUGUCCCUCACACCACUCACUGUCUUGGUAGCGGAGAAGUCAUGAUCAGCACGUUAGGAAACGUAGACGGCACUCCCAGAGGUGGUUUUAUUCUUCUUGAUGGUGAAACCUUCAGAGUGAAGGGCAAAUGGGAGAAAGAUGGCAAAGGGGUCCCCAUGGGGUACGACUUUUGGUACCAGCCUCGACACAAUGUCCUGAUGAGCACGGAAUGGGGCGAGCCUAAUGCUUUUAGGCGAGGGUUUCAAUUGGAGGACUUCAAAGCCGGAAAGUAUGGUUCUCAUAUCCACGUGUGGGAUUGGACCACCCAUGAGAAGAUACAGACAAUAGAUCUUGGAGUAGGUACCAUUCCCCUGGAGAUCAGAUUCCUUCACGACCCAAGCCAGGCACAGGGAUUCGUUGGAUGUGCGCUUAGCUCUACCAUCGUUAGAUUCUUUAAAAACCCGGAUAACACGUGGGGAAAUGAGACCGUCAUCCGAGUACCUCCCAAGAAGGUGGAAGGCUGGGCCCUACCGGAAAUGCCAGGUCUUAUUACCGAUAUUUUAAUAUCUCUGGAUGAUAAAUACCUGUAUUUUAGUAACUGGAUUCAAGGUGAUCUCAGGCAAUAUGACAUCACAGACCCUAGGAACCCAAAACUUACCGGACAGGUUUUCAUUGGUGGAAGCAUGACACGUAGCAGUGGCGUCAGAGUGAUAGAUGACCCAGAACUCCCUCAACAGCCUGACGAGUGUUACAUCAAAGGCAAGAAGGUUGAAGGUGGACCGCAGAUGAUACAGUUAAGUCUUGAUGGCAAACGACUGUACGUCACUACCUCACUGUACAGCAACUGGGAUAACCAGUUUUAUCCAAAUCUAAGCAAGAAAGGCGCGAUGCUCCUAAUCGUAGACGUAGACACAGUCAACGGAGGACUGUAUCUCAACAGGGACUUUCUGGUAGAUUUUGGGGCUGAACCAGAUGGUCCCUGUUUGGCCCAUGAGGUACGUUAUCCAGGGGGUGAUUGUUCCUCUGAUAUCUGGAUAUAAUUGUCCAGAUUCUGGAUUUAAACUUUAAAAGAAUGAAGAAAAAUGCGAUGAGAAAUUUUGAUAUUCGAAAGGAAAAAAGGAUUUAAGACUACUGAAUUGAUGUUUUUGUAUUCGUGCAAAUAUUAUUGCAUGUUAGUAAAAAUACACAGGUGAUUAUUGAAAAUCUCGCGCGCUGAUUGGUCGAGAAACUCACACUAUCACACGAUAAUCACCUCCAGCGAUAAUCCAAAAUGGCGGCCAGCCGCUUUGUUGCUG